GCGCUCAUGACGCGAGGACGUUCUGUUAAGCGGAGUAGCGAGCUCGGAGCUUUCCCAUCUCUCGCUGUGAACGACACAGGAAACGAGCGUGGCAGGCAGGCAACGAUCGCGUGAACACUGGUCAUUUUUCCGACGAUCUCUCGGGAAAUAAGCAGAGGCUGUGGCCAUACUUAGUGUGAAACUCCUCGAACUAGGUUUUUUUUCACGAUCGACAGACGAGUCCUCCUAACUUCCGAAAACGUGGACUAUCCGUUGCGAACUUGAAUCCCGUGUUCCUGAACGGAAAAAAAAUUAGUGCGCAAGAGACGAUUCGUCGAUCGGAGUUGGAAGAUCAAUCGACGUCCGUUCGAUCGGAAUGCUCCGGAGUUCAGACGAACCAGCUGAUUGUGAAACCGUCUUACCGGUUUGAUAUACUUCGUGGAGAUUUCCUUGUGCACGUUUAUCGUGUCGUGACGUGAACGCAGAAGAGGGAGAGAGGCGGUGAUAAAGACAGCUGAGAAGACACGCGUGAGGGAGGGUCAGUGAAAAAAAAAAAAAAAACACGGGAUAACGUGGAAGAAAAGGAGAAACGAACUUGUUUCGGAGAGUGCACGGAUAUUCCUUCCGGUCAUUCCGGUUGCGCGCGGCGCCUAUUUUAAUCUCUCGCGCGGCGCCGACACCUGCUACCGCAACAACCAACUGCGCGGGAGGUUUUGUCGCGGAACUUUCGUGGCGCCGCCGGUGUACCGGUGCGGUGUGCGCGGGGUGAAAGCUUAAAGUUCACGAGCGCAAGGUGGGACGGAGUGCGCGGACGCGCGCGCGCGCGCGACAUAAAGGAAGAUAGAGAGAGGGACAGAAAACGAAACACGAAACUCGGCUUCGAGAAAGUUUACUCGCGACGUGCCGGUCGCUCCGGAAAGAACACCUCAUUUCCUACGCGCUCGCUCCGGCGUGCCGGAGGAAGCUGUUAAGCGGAAGCGAAGAAAGGAGACAGAAGAGGAAAACGAAGAGGGAACGGGCGGGGAACGAGAGAGAGAAAAAGAGAAGGAGAGCACACUCAUCACCGCGUGCGCUCGUCUAUCGUUGUCAACCCCCUGCGCCGCUUUCCCCCUGCCUUUGUGUUCCUCGUGAACGUCGCCGUGCCUUUGGGUGGACGCUUAUGGCUCGCCAGUAGGAGGGAAAAACAGACGGAAGAGCGAAGGACAGAGAGACAGGAGGAGACAGGAGGACAGAGGCGGACAGUCGGAUAGAGACCGGCGAGGCAGAUAUUUCCCGCUCCGAGAAGGGGGGCAGAGAGGGCACCCCGGAGAACUGAAUAUGUCCGCCAAGCGAAAGGCCACUGCCAUCAUGCAGCACCACAAGGAGAACAUCUCGACCCCGGAGCCCACCGACAUAUCCGAGGACGAUCACUACCCAAGCGCACUCAUGAAAGACCCGGAUAAGCUGAAGUUGAUGCUGCUCGCGUGGAAUUAUAAUCUCCAGGCACAAGUACAGGCGCAGGCACAGGUCCAGGCUGCCAACGCGGCUCUCUCGCCAAAUAACUCGUCGACUACCACAGCUACCACUGUUGGCACACCAGUCACCAGCCAAUCGGCCAUUUCCACGGCAAACAACACCAUUAACAACUCCACACUCACAGAUUCUCGAAACGGUUCAUCGGAAUUGGUGGACUUGCCAGCGGGAACGGUUCCGAAUCUGAGCGCCGUGGCGGGUGUCGGCAGCGAGGACAUGGCUUCCUUGUGGGCAUCUUACGCCAUGGGUUUCAAGAAAACGCCGCCGCCAGCAUCGUCGGCAACGCCCUCGCGGUCGGAUCGCGAUCGCGAGUCCAGUCCGCCCGGUGGCGAGGGAACGGGAAGCGCCCACGAUGAGACCAGUAGUAGUGGCAACAAGGAAGACGAGGACGACGACGAUAUAGACGCGGACGAGGGACUGGAUCCGAGACACCACGAUCCGGAACGUCUCAAAGCGUUCAACAUGUUCGUGAGGCUGUUCGUCGACGAGAACUUGGAUCGCAUCGUGCCGAUUUCGAAGCAGCCGAAGGAGAAGAUACAGGCAAUCAUCGAUAGUUGCACGAGACAGUUUCCCGAGUUUGCCGAGAGGGCCAGGAAGAGGAUCCGAACGUACCUGAAGAGCUGUCGGAGAAACAAACGCGGCAGGGAGGGCCCUUGGGACGCCGCCAGACCAACACCAGCGCACUUGACCUCGGUGCAGGCCGAACAGAUUCUGGCAACGGCCUGCGAAAACGAGAGUGACAACGCGAAACGGAUGAGAGUCGGGCUGGAGCCGGUGUCGCAGCCCAUGCCAACUCUUCCGGCCGCAACGCAAACGGACGUUCGAUCAGGUUUGGAGCAGCACUUCUCAAGCACACCGGUUAAAUCACUCACGUGUAAAAGGGAGGACACCCCACCAGCAUCGUUAACGUCCCUGGCACCUCUGACCAGUUUGGCAAACUUACCGAACAACACUAUUUCCUCCACGCCGCUGUCGAUCGCAUCCGCGUCAAAGCUGCUCACAACAGACAACAAGAGUCUCAUGAGCCAAUCGACGAUAGUCAGUUCGACGGUGAAUGGUGUCGCCAGUGGCGGUGCACCGACGAUGUACAGACCCAACUUCAGCCAAGCGUUCCAGCGUGCCGGGCCCACAACGGUACCGCCGACCCUCUCAGCCGGGCUAUACCCGACUCAAAGUUUUACGUCGAGUCUACUAAGCAACGGUAUACAAAGACCGACGGACCUUAGCAUGAAGAACCCACCAAAGCCUGCUCUGCUGAGUCACAAGCUGAACUCGAUGGAAUUGACCGCGGUGAAACAACUGAUAGGUGGAUAUCGAGAAUCAGCCGCCUUUCUGCUCAGAUCCGCCGACGAGCUGGAGCAACUGUUGCUCCACCAACCAUAGAGCUACGUUUAUUUGGCCAGCGUUCGGCAACUUGGCUCGUAGUCACAACGAUCGGCGAGGAAGCAAUGCGAGUAUUGAUGCGCCUGUGUGAGCACCGAGAAUAAUGUCAGAGUCAGCGUAAAUUCCUUUCUUCAAGGCUUCGUUUAUACCGCUGCUCUGUCGGCAACUCCAUCGCUCUACACACGAACUUAUCUUUUGCUGCAAAACGCUCCGCUUGGGCGAACUAAAUGCAUUCGAUCCAACAAGACGAGUGCAAGAUUAUAGGUUUAAGUAUCGAAACGUUAUAAAAUUAGCGAAACAAAGUUUGAGAAUAAUUGGAGAAAAUUUCUAGGCAUAAAUCGAUUGGAGCUACUUUAUAAUGUUCGUAAAAAGAUUGUUUCUGAUGAAAGUCGAGAGGCUAUAGUCGCGAUGAAAAAUUCAUACUGAAUUAGAUAUUUAUGCGGGUUUAUCGUCAUACAUUGUUUAAAAGCGGUUAAAAACAGAAGAGUUCCAUAUACAUAAUGAAUAAUUACAUAUUUCAUUAUGCGCAUCGUCGCGAUAUUUCUAAUUCUAGGAUUAAGAAAACUAUUCGAACAGGGUGUACAUAAAAAGAUAUUUACUUAAUUACUGAUAAGCUUAAAGGAUGAUGCGGCGAGCUAGGAUGCGUGCGCGAGUGAAAGAAAGUCGAAAAGGGAAGAAGCUUCCGGACGAUAAGUCAUUCGGAAGCGUGUGCUAGUAUUUUCUAACGAGGAUGAAAACGUCCCGGAACUUCUUCUUUACACAGCCGGUUGAUGCGCUUGCAUUUUUUCCUACCUACUCAGAUUCGUAAGCUUCGAAAAACCGUUCGUGAGAGCUCCAUAAAUCUACUACAAGUUUAUUCAACCGUUUCGACCGACGAUCGACAAAAAAUUUGUCGCGUGUUCUUACGAAACGGUAAUUUCGCUAAUCUGUUUGUUGUCGUUAUGUACAUAUGACGUAAAUGAUAUAUGAUGAGAAUAGUUACUCUCGUGCGUGAGAAAGCGCGAUUAAUUCGCGCGGCGAAUCUGCGCCAUUUACUUCGAGAGUGGCGUAUACACAUCAAGAAACAAUUUGAAGAAAUACGAAAACGACGUGAUAAAAUUUGAAUUUUAGACAGAUUAUCAAAAUUAUAGUCUUUUCGCCAUUUUUGGGGCAAAUGGUGGAUCACAUAUGAAGAUUUUACAACGGUCAUACGUGUAUAUAGAAAGAAAAUGCGCUCGCGCAUUGAUACACGUGUACAUAAUAACGUAGGACGCAAAACGAGAUGGACUUUUUUUUAUUGGCGACGCGUCAGAGGCCUCGUCAAUGGAGAUUAAUUAGCUAAUCAAUUAACGAUAACUGUACAACGUCGUCAUAAUAUAGUUAGACCAGAGUUUUGGAAGUGGAGGAGCGUAGUGAUCGAGAGUAUAAUUUCGGGACCAUCUUGUCACGAUCAGACAAUACGUUAAAACCGUAUUCGUGGUCUCCGGACGCAUCACUGUGUUACCAAAGAACACUAAUUAUUAUGGGUAAUGUACGUAUAGUACCACUUAAGGGUCGCGUUUUCCUUCUUCUUCUUUCCGUUAUUCCUUUCAAACGACAUACUUCUUUCAUGGAAGCGCGAAAUCAUUUUCUCCAUCAAUUAAUCAUACGAAGAUAGAUAUAAACUCCACUACAUGUGGAUCACGUGAUAAAUAUACACGUUUUCGGAUUGAGUUUAUCUACUAUUCUUCUUAUUACUGUUAAUACUGACAUUAUUAUCGCUACGAUAUAUUAUUAUUAUUAUUAUUAUUUUCUAUUAUUAUCAUUAUCACCAUCGUUAUUACCAUCACGAUUAUCACUGUCACUGAUAUUAUUGAUUGCGAAUCGAAGAAUCGCGCGAGAAGGUAGUACGCGAGAUAGUACGAAUAGUUUAUUCUGUUUUCCAACGUCAUUUUCCACGGAGAGUUUCCGCUCGUUAAGUCUACUUUGUCGUUGUUUUGUACAUAGUUUAUAUGCAUUAUAAAUGGAGUGCAUAUAAAGAUUGCGAAAAUUAAGUUGCUUAAGUAAUUAGAUACAAAGAAGAGUAUAUAAAUAUAUAAAUAUAUAUACAAAUGUGCAAAAUAUCUUUAUGCGAACGAUUGCUGAUUGCUGUCACCGUCGAACUCCAAGCGCAGAACAUUCCAAUGAAAGAAAAGCAAACUGGAAAGUAGACGAGAAAAAGGGCGAACAAGAAAAAUCUAGGAAAAGAAUUUCAUUAAAGAGAUAAAAUGGAGGAGAGAAAGAGUGAGAGAGAGAAAGAGAAUGUGUGCAUGUGUACAUGUGUGCGUGAUCAUUCAACAUGCGCUCAUCGAAGAUUUCAUGGGAAUCACGACUUUUAUUGACCGACAAUAGUCGUACUUCCAUUUUCCUUUUCCGUUUGCGUGCAAGUCGCCGCGACGAAACGCGCCCGUCGUCGCGUGAAACGUUCGAAAUCAAUAAUAAUGUUUGCGGCACUUUAGUGAAGAGAGGACCGAAUAAAGCGUUUCGUCAAUUGGAACUAAUUCUUAUCGCCUCAAUCAUUUGAAACUCCAAAUACUUGCAAAACGGUACACACACGCCGCCCUCCCCACGUAUGCAAUUUCUCGCCCGUAGUAAACGGACUCGUCUCUUUAAUCGACACACAGUGCAAUAGUCUAUUAGCGAUACCGUUGUUCUACCGUGUAUUGUCAAUCGUCGUCACACGAUCAUGCUUCUGUCAUGUACGACAUAAAUAGUCUCAGCUCAGCCAUUCCCCCGCCCACCUUUCUCCGCGCUGUCCCUUUGGUUUCGAGCAGGCAUCAUCACACUUCUUCAUGGAUAUUAGCAGUUAUCGACAAGUUCAUAUCUUACCACUAGCAUCGUAACAUUUAUACGUAAUUCACCUCAGAUCUCUGUAGCCACACACAUCGCGAGGGCCGAGCUCCGUUUUGCGUACCACAUGUUUCUCCCUCCCCCUCGAAUCCGAUGACCAAUAAUGUUUGUUGCGCGUUCUGCUAAUAAUUGAUACGAUUAUACCUCGACGAAUCCCAGGAUUUAUGGAUUCGUGACAUAUGAGAAUUAGUCGAAAGAGAUUCAUUGUAAAUAUUAUUUUCGACCAAAUAUAGGAAUCGAAUCCAAAUAAGAAUCGAAUUGAUCCCGUCACCGACGGUUGUUGCUCUUUUUUGCAACUUGACUGAUCCGAAAAAAAACCUGGACCUAUCGUACAUCUGAAAUACGGAGUAAAAAGGAAAAAGGAAAGACGAAGGAGACGAGACAGAGGAGAAAUUUAUGGAGACCGAAGAAACGUGCGACACCACUCUGUUCUUCUUUCUUUUCCUACGUUCGAUAAAAAAGUAUCCGUCGUGUACCUUAAUUCGCCUAUGCGGAAGUGCAGAUCUACUGUUCAUAUAUAGCCGCGAAUCGAUGUAUAUUGAUUAAAGAAAAAAAAUAUGUAUUUGUUCCUAAAGAAAUAUUAAGAGUAGUAAUAUACCGUAAAAGAAUAUUAAUAUUGAUAGUAAUGAUAACGAUAAUUUGAUGGUACAUACUUUCUUAUAAGUAACAUUACACAUUACUACGAUUAUUGUAGAAUUGGUACGGUUCUUGAGGAUGCCUUGCCUGUAAAUGUAACAUACGUUAAAUGAAAAAAAAUCUUAUUAUCUUGUAAAUGUUUUACCAAAUAUAAUCGAUUAUUCAACUUAUA